AUGGAGAAUUACUUGUUUUACGUUGGUGUUUUAAUGUUGAUAUCAAACUACGUUUCCCUCACCUCUUCCACACCACUCUUCAAUCUCACCACUGAUCAAUACGCUCUCACUGUCUUAAAAAGCUCCAUUGUUUUCGACCCUAAUGCAAUCUUGCAUAAAAAUUGGUCAAUUCACACUCCCAUUUGUGGAUGGAUUGGUGUCUCUUGUGGCACCAAACACCAAAGGGUUACUGCCCUUGACCUCUCGAACUUCGAGCUCCAAGGCACCAUCCCUCCACAUCUUGGAAACUUAACGUUUCUUCGAGUUUUAGACAUCAGCUCCAACAGUUUCACGGGCAUCUUACCAUCUGAGCUGUCUAAGUUGCGACGUUUAGAAGAUAUAAACGCCGCAGCUAACAACUUCACCGGAGGGAUACCAUCGUGGUUCGGAGCCUUAUCCCAGCUCCAAGACAUGGAUUUGUCGAACAACGGAUUCUCAGGAAGAAUCCCUUCUUCUAUAUUCAAUAUUUCGAGGCUUCAGAGUCUGAAUAUGAGCUUCAAUAUUCUCGAUGGAAACAUUUCUGAGGAGAUUGGUGGCCUUUCUUCACUGAAAAAAGUUAGUUUUGAAAGAAAUCAGUUGAGGGGCUCCAUACCAUAUGCUAUCUUCAACAUUUCUUCGUUGAUUUUACUCGAUUUUGGACAUAAUAUGCUAUCAGGAAAGCUCCCAAACAACAUAUGCAGUAAUACUCCAAGGUUAAGAGAAUUCACUGUCCUUAGGAACCAACUUGAUGGGGAAAUUCCAAGAAAUAUAGGCAAAUGCAAAGAGCUUCAGAUUCUGCAAUUGCAAGUCAAUAAUUUCAGCGGAGAAAUCCCGAGUGAAAUUGGAAGUUUGACGAUGCUCACGGAUUUGUACCUAUGGAGAAACCAAUUCAAAGGUAGAAUACCAAAGCAAAUUGGGAACCUCACUUCUCUAACAGCGCUCUACCUUGAGUCUAAUCACUUGACAGGUGAAUUGCCAGAAGAGCUUUCUAAUUUGGCAGCCUUGCGUUUUCUCAUUUCGGGCAAUAAUUCUUUAUCCGGUGUGAUGGAUCCGCGAAUUUCUGAUGUUAGUAAAUGCUGGUAG